AUGGCCGCCCGCGCCGCGCGCACCUGUGCGCUGCUCGCCCUGUGCGCGCUGGGCGGCCUGGCCCAGGGCCCCGCGCGCUUCAUCUGCACCUCGGUGCCCGCGGACGCCGACAUGUGCGGCGCGGCGGCGGGCGGCGCGGAGGAGCUGCGGGGCAGCGUGCUGCAGCUGCGGGAGACGGUGCUGCAGCAGAAGGAGACCAUCCUCAGCCAGCAGGACACCAUCCGCGAGCUCACGGCCAAGCUGGGCCGCUGCGAGAGCCAGGGCGCCCCGGGCCGCAAGCCGCCCGCCGCGGGCAAGCCGGCCCCGGGCGACCCGGCCCGCGCCGCGCAGGCCGCCGACGCGCUCGGCCAACUCGCGCAAACUUUGCAGGCGCUCAAGACCCGCCUGGAGAACCUGGAGCAGUACAGCCGGCUCAACUCCUCCAGCCAGACCAACAGCCUCCGGGACCUGCUGCAGAGCAAGAUCGACGACCUGGAGCGGCAGGUGCUGUCCAGGGUGAACUCGCUGGAGGAGGGCAAGGGCGGCCCCAGGAACGACACGGAGGAGCGGGCCAAGAUCGAGAGCGCCCUGACCUCGCUGCACCAGCGCAUCAGCGAGCUGGAGAAAGGCCAGAAGGACAGCCGCCCGGGGGACAAGUUCCAGCUCACGUUCCCGCUGCGCACCAACUACAUGUACGCCAAGGCCAAGCGCAGCCUGCCCGAGAUGUACGCCUUCACCGUGUGCAUGUGGCUCAAGUCCAGCGCCGCGCCCGGCGUGGGCACGCCCUUCUCCUACGCCGUGCCCGGCCAGGCCAACGAGCUGGUCCUCAUCGAGUGGGGCAACAACCCCAUGGAGAUCCUCAUCAACGACAAGGUGGCCAAGCUGCCCUUCGCCAUCAACGACGGGAAGUGGCACCACCUCUGUGUCACCUGGACCACCCGGGACGGCGUCUGGGAGGCCUUCCAGGACGGCACCCAGGCCGGCAGCGGCGAGAACCUGGCGCCCUAUCACCCCAUCAAGCCGCAGGGCGUGCUGGUGCUGGGCCAGGAGCAGGACACGCUGGGCGGCGGGUUCGAUGCCACCCAGGCGUUCGUGGGCGAGCUGGCCCACUUCAACAUCUGGGACCGCAAGCUGACGCCGGGCGAGGUGCACAACCUGGCCACCUGCAGCCCCAAGGCCCUGGCCGGCAACGUCAUCGCCUGGGCCGAGGCGCAGAUCGACAUCUAUGGCGGCGCCACCAAGUGGACCUUCGAGGCCUGUCGCCAGCUCAACUGA